CCGCUGAAUCUGUCUGGACCCUUCAAGCAGUGAAGCACAAAGCCCGACAGAACGCCUCUCCAAUCAUGCCUGCUGCUGCUGUUAGCUUUGACCACGCAUCAUCCAACCUGGCGGGUCCGUCGAUCGGCUCUCCAUCCCAAAGAGGUCCGACGUGCUGUCAGGCUGGGCGCUAAACCAGACCUUGAUCUGACAGGCUGAGGAAAAUUAUCACGGCGGUGCACAUAAAUAAACACGCUCUGCCAUCCCCGCUCCUCUUCCCCACUACAUAUCGUGUCAUAUCAUUACCACAAUUCACAAUUGUUGCUUGGAGAUCUCUUGUUGAGCCAUUGUUCCAUCAUGGAGCCGAGCAGUAGCAGUCGAUCUCGCAAUUUGUGGAGUGCCGAAGAGGAUGGCAUUCUCCGAGGACUAGUUGAAGCUUAUGAAAAAGACAAGGUCGACUGGCGUGUGAUCGCCUCUUACCUCCCUGGCCGCAACAACAAGGACUGCCGCAAGCGAUGGCACUACCGCGUGUCUGCGAGCAUGAAUCUCGGCCCGUGGUCUCAGGCUGAAGACGAGCUGCUGAAGCUGGGCAUUCAGCGCUAUGGCACACACUGGUCCCGAGUGGCACAGGUAGUGGGCACCAGGAAUGGCGAUCAAUGCUUCAAACGAUGGAAUGAUGUCCUUGACCCGGCCAUAGACCGUAGCCCCUGGACACGCGAGGAGGACCGCCUCCUUUUGCUUGCAAUUAACAAAUACGGACGUGCAUGGAAGCAGAUUGUCGACGCCUACUUUCCUGGCCGAACUGGUUUGGAUGCAAAGAAUCGACACAGGCAAUUGACUCGAAAACGUAAGAGAGAAGAGAAAGGUGACAACAACGCAAAGAGUCAAGAAGCUUCACUCUCGAUUCCGCCUGUUCUACCCAAAGCCCAAGCCCAGGCGCAGGCGCAGGCGCAGCUGCCCGAGACACCAAACAAUUUACCCACAUCAAAGCUCAGUUCUGCUGUCUCCCCGGUGGGAAUGAGCGCAAACACAGCCAACUGGCUUAGUCCACGAUCACAGCAGCCUGAGGAGCGUCCUCUAUCAGUGCCUCCAUAUUUCGAUUGGAAUUUGUCCAUGGAUACAAUGCUCAGCCCCGCCCUGCCAACUACUCCUUAUAGCACCUGCAGCAACUCGUCCAUAAGUAAUGCUGGCGGGAGCCUAUCCGAGUUGGAUGAAUACUUUACGCAGCAGUUAGCAACCUCGCAUGUUGAUCACAGCCAUGGCUUGGUGGCUGGGAUAGCUAAUUACCCAUAUUCUGGGCCUACGCCUGACGGCAAUAUCACCGAUGUUCGAUAUCCGCAUUACAUGGCCGAGCAUGCUGUUCUUGAUAUGCGGUCGAACCCGACCCCGAUUCGACCCAUGUCAGCACACCAGCCGUUCUGGGGCCCCGGAUGGGAUGUGACGACUUGAUGGGUAUGGAUUGGCUUAUGGCCGGCAUAGAUAUUUAAUUACUUAGGAGUAGGGUUCAUUUCAUACAUUGACUAUUCAGUAUUUAUAUAUACUCAAUUUAGGCUACAAUACAGCCAUAUGAAUAUAUC